UUACACUUUUCGACACGUUUUUAUUUUAAAUUUAUUUAAUUUUUUUAUAUAAAUAAUAUAAUUCUAGACCUGUACUGUUUAUUGAUAAGACCUAAAGCAUUUACAUUCGUGGAUCGAAUGUAAAUUAGUUAUUCCUUUGUAGGUUUAGAAAAAAUACUGAUACCAGAUUAUGUUGAUGCAUUUAAGUUUCUUUUUGAUACUUGGAAGAUGAGUGAGGGAAACGUCAAAGCGAGCUGUGUCGUAAAAAACACUGAGAAACUUCUAGAAGAAAAACGUUUGUUAGAUUUUACUGUCCGUGUUGAGGACGUUGAGUUGCCAUGUCACCGUGUUAUUCUGGCAGCGUCGUCACAUUUCUUCAGAGCACUUUUAAUGACAGACAUGAAGGAGGCUAAAGAGGGUUGUGUAACGAUCAAUGGGAUUUCAUUGGAUAUAUUCCAGCUUAUUUUAAAGUCGAUGUACACGGGAAAGAUUACAUUAACGAUAGACAAUUGUAUGGACUUAUGGCAGGCAGCAGAUCAACUACAGAUAGAUUUUAUUGUGGAAAAUUGUGCAGAUUUCGCUACAAAAGUCACUAGUGUUGAAAAUUUUGAGGAUAUGUGGAAAAUAGCAAAAAAUUAUAACUCUGACAAACUUUGUAGUUUUUUAGACAAGUUUUUGUUAGACAACUUUGACACCAUUAGCCAGAUCAAUGUUAGGGCUAUAAUGGAACUUGGUUUCAUUGAUUUUAAUCGAUUGAUCGUAUCUUACGAUCUGAAUGUAAGGAAUGAAGACUGGCUUUUAAAACUGGUAUUAAAGUGGGUUGAAUAUAUACCAGAAAAAGACAACAAUGAAGACAAAUUAACUGACACGAAAAAUGAAUCAGCGAGCGAAAUUAUUUCUGAUAAUGCAUCAGAGUUAAGUCUCAUACCUACCGAGACAGAUAAACUAAAUAAAAUUCAGAGUAACAGAAUCCGAAAGCUUACAUCAUUAUUGAAUUCUGUGAGGACGUGUCUUGUGAGUACACCACUUCUGAAACAUUUGCUAAAACAUCGACUGAUAAUCAACAACACUGAAGCUAGAGAUAUUUUGAUUGAUGCUGUGUUGUAUAAGACAACACAUUAUAACCACGGACAAUGGCGAACAAGUGCCAUACAUCGAGGCUCUAGUGAAUGGCUGAAUUGCGGUGUUAUUUGCAUAAAUAACGAAUUUGUAAUCGUAGAAGCGUAUGAACCGAACGUGUACACCUGUGUACAGUGUAGUGAACUUCGUUUGGACGUAUCAUUAGUUGUUUUUGAUUCAUAUUUGUUCGCCACUGGGGUUAAAGAUUCGGCCGAAACAAACAGCAGUUUGUAUGUUUUAUGCAGGAAAUCAUGGAAGAAAAUCACAGAAAUACCAGGGCGUCGAUUGAUCUUGGUCUCGUAUGAUCAGUGCAUUUUUAUUUUGAGCAAAAACAAGCCAGAAAUUUAUCAAAUAUUCCCGAAAUGUUGGAAUCCAAAAGUGGAAGAAUUUUCAAAGUUACCAGAGAUAUUUAAAGUUCGACAGGCUAUACAUUAUGAGAGGAUGAUUCUGAUUUUCAGUUCUGUUACCGUCAAUGGUGAAGAGAAAACAGCAGUUCAUCAGCUGGACAUUCUAACAAAGAAAUUAACAGAAUUAGAACAAUUGAAUGGACCAGCGAAGCAUCUCAUCAGUUUCAGUGAUGAUGACAGUAAUUAUAUUUUACAAAAGAAUGGGGAUAUGCACACUAUUAAAUGUGAACUUGGGAAAGUAGUUUUUCAGUUGAUUGGUACCAUGGAGAACUUGCCGAGGAAAUUUCAAGGUGCAUUGACUUACAAGAAAAGACUAGUUAUUUCCUAUCCAGUGUUAUCAGAAAAGCAAUUUAAGAAAGUACAUUUUGAUAUGUUGAAGGAUUAUUUUGAGGAGUUUUCAGGUUGGGGUUACAUUGAUUUUCCAUGUUCAAAUUUGAUUCCAGCUGUUCUACCAAAAAAUGAAUUGACCCUAUUAGGAAAAAAAACAAACAGUUUUUAACCGAUCAGUUUGCUAGCGAAAUUGGGUUGUAUUGUUUAAUACUAUCAGCCUUAAAACUACAGCAUGGCAUAAAGUAUCAGAAAUACUUUUCUUUUAAAAUAUAGACAUGUCUCUAAUAAUCAGAA